UCUACAUGUAGUAAGUAGAGUUUGGUAAAACCGUGCGGUCGCGAACAAUGCUUAGAUUUUAAAUUACUAUUGGCUGUAGUCAUGCUUAAGUGCACUGUAGUGUUAGUUGUAGUCUUAGAAUUUGUAUAUAUUGUAGCUGGUAAUAAUGAUAACAUAAGGGCACAUCCCGCAUGGAAGUUGCUACAGCAGUUCGAGUGUGGAGACAGUGCCGCAGACAGGAUUAUUGGCGGGUUCAACGCCGGACUCGGCCAGUUUCCAUGGAUAGCUCGCCUCGGAUACACAAGCGAGGACGAGCCAGAGAUAGAUUGGAUGUGCGGCGGCGUGCUUAUCACCAACCGGCACGUGGUUACCGCCGCUCACUGCAUCACCGAUGAGGACUCGGGUUACAAACUGUCCUUCGUCCGUCUAGGCGAACACAACACGGUGACAGACCCUGACUGUCAGCUGCACGUGUGCGCGCCGAAGGUCCAGGAUCGAAAGCCUAAAGUCAUCAGACCUCACGCCAACUUCAACAACCCGGCCUUCCAGAACGACAUUGCUAUCAUCUCUUUGGAUAGUCCUGUACAGUUGCAUGAUUACGUGGCGCCAAUAUGCCUGCCAUACAGCGACGAGCAACUAGCGACGUUGCCCCUGGGUGAAAUGCUGACAGUUGCCGGCUGGGGCAAGAUGAAUAUGACCACGGAGGAGCGGGCAAAGAUCUUACAAUACGUUCAGAUACCAGUAGUGGAGAAGUCAGCAUGCAACCUGUUCGGGAAGGCGUUCAAGAUGACCGCUAUGCAGAUUUGCGCAGGUGCCAUACAAAAUAAGGACGCAUGCGGGGGCGACUCCGGGGGACCUGUCAUGAAGGUGUUUGACAAUGAUGAGGGACCAAAGAACUAUCUCAUCGGUGUGGUGUCCUUCGGGCCGACGAUUUGCGGCAUCAAGAAACCAGGCGUCUAUUCUUCGUCCGUGGAAUAUCUCAGAUGGAUUUUAGACAACAUAAUGACGACUUGAAUAAAUUUGUAAUUUUAUUAUUA